AUGGUGAUGGGUGUGUCCAACAGGAUGCUGAGGCUCUAUUACCUUGCACUGAGGUCUCCAGAUGGAGCACAAUCGCUCCUGAGAUCUUUCACCGCAGAACAAAGCAGCAGAAGAACAAGUCAUUCUUACAUGGCUACUUUGGCCACAAACUUUGAGGAAGAAACCAAAUACAGGGGAAGCAAAGAGGAGUAUGAGGACAACAAGGACGGAGAGGUGAUUAAUGAUGAUGAGGAAGAGGAGAAGGAUGAUCCAGCUGUCCUGGUGCAGAAGAAACCAGCCUGGGCUCCGUGCUUCUUCUGCAGGUUAAACAAAGAGGUGUACUCUUACGUUGGGCAUGAGAUCAUCAUUGAAGAGGGUCUUGACUCGUAUGCAGGCAUGAUAUGGCCAGCGGCUUUGGCUCUCUGUCACUACCUGGAUACUCAUCGUGAACAGAUCAAUCUGGUGGACAAGGCAGUCCUGGAGAUCGGGGCUGGUACCGGCCUUGUUUCUAUUGUGGCCACGCUCCUCGGUGCCUGGGUGACAGCCACAGACCUCCCUGUGGUCCUGGCCAACCUCCAAGUGAACCUAAACAGGAACACUAGGGGGCGCUGCAGAUACACACCCCAGGUGGCAACUCUAUCUUGGGGCUAUGACCUGGAGUGUACCUACCCUAAAUCUGUGUACCGCUACGACUACGUGCUGUGCGCUGAUGUCGUCUACCAUCAUGACUUCCUGGAUGAGCUCUUCGUCACCAUGAAGCAUUUCUGCAAACCAGGGACAACUCUGAUCUGGGCCAACAAGGUCAGGUUUGGGACUGAUCUGACUUUCACUGAGAACUUUAAAAAGGCUUUCCAGACAUCACUGCUGGCUGAAGACGGGGAGAUGAAGAUUUUUAUGGCAACAUUUAAAGAGGAAGAGGAGGAGGGUGGUGUCGGGGUGGAAAUCCCAAAUCUGCUGAAAGAGAAGGAGGAGGAUGAAGCAGAGCAUCACCAUGUAAAUACAGAGAAAUGUGAUGAUGGUGAAACAGAGGAACAUCACGUGUUAAGGCCUGACAGGAGGGAAGAUCAGGAAGACAAAAACAAGCUUAAGUCUCAUGAAGAAGAAGAGAUGGAGACGGUUAUGGUGCUCAAAGAUGAGGGCUAUGAGGAGGAAGAGAGGGAUAAAACAGAGAGGGAUGAUUCAAGUUGUAGCUCAGCCAGUGAUGAAGACUUUACAGGAGACGCCAACAUCAAACCAGGAGUGGUGCGGCAGUACACAACACAAGCCUGGGUCUCCAGGAACAAACACAGGUUUGAUAGAGAUGUGUACCAUUAUGUGGGGCAGGACAUUCUCAUUCAUGAGUCCAUGGACUCUUUUGGAGCAGUGAUGUGGCCCGCAGCGUUGGCUCUGUGCUCCUUCUUGGACAACAACAGAGAGAGGGUGAACCUGCAGGGAAAGGAGGUGCUGGAGCUGGGAGCAGGAACAGGACUUGUAUCUAUAGUGGCCAGUCUUCUUGGAGCAUCAGUCACAGCAACAGACUUACCUGAGAUAUUAGGCAACCUCCAGGCGAACAUUAUCAGGAACACCAGGGGGUGCUGCAGAUACACACCCCAGGUGGCAACUCUUUCCUGGGGCUACGACCUGGAGCGUACCUACCCUAAAUCAAGGUACCACUAUGACUACGUGCUGUGCGCUGAUAUUGUCUACCAUCAUGACUUCCUGGAUGAGCUCCUGGUCACCAUGAAGCAUUUCUGCAGACCAGGGACCACUCUGAUCUGGGCCAACAAGGUCAGGUUUGGGACUGAUCUGACUUUCACUGAGAACUUUAAGAAGGCUUUUCAGACAUCGCUGCUGGUUGAAGAUGGAGAGAUGAAGAUCUUUACGGCAACGUGUAGAAAGUGAGAGACAUCAGAAAAAUCUGACUUCAUGUACAGGAUAGGAUUUAUCUUAUUCUACAUUCCCAUGUGCCCUUCUGACUUCUGAAACGUUAAGCUGCUGUAACCUUUGGUGUUUUGACACAUGAUGAAUCAAGUGUUUUGGAUUUGCUGUCUUUGUAUUUGCAUCCUCAUCCUGGUCCUAGGGAUAUUUUAUAAGCUUUGAAGAUUAUAAAAACAGCCUGAUGAUUGUUUGACCGGUGAAAGCACCUGUCCUCGAAUGCAUAACUCAUUUAUGGAUGUAUUUCUGCUUGUGAAAGUCUUGUUUUGUAUUUUAAUGUGAAACUUUUGUAAGCUGCCAAAACGCUGCAGCUCGAGCACUGACUAGACCUAGGAAGAGAGAGCACAUCACUGGCU